AUGUCCACGCUUUGGGCCUUCGGGUGCGACGACUUGUUCCGCCUCAACAACAUUAACUUGGAUCCACUUACAGAAACUUAUGGGAUUCCUUUUUACUUACAGUACAUCUCCCAUUUGCCAGAGUAUUUCAUCGUUGCAGAGGCCCCUGGUGGAGAGUUAAUGGCUUAUAUAAUCGGUAAAGCUGAAGGCUCAGUUGCUAGGGAAGAAUGGCAUGGGCAUGCCACAGCUCUGGCCGUUGCCCAAGAAUUUCGAUGCCUUGGUUUGGCUGCUAAACUUAUGGAGUUACUAGAGAUUUCAGAAAGAAAAGAUGGAUUUUCUGUUGACCUCUUUGUAACAGUAUCUAACCAAGUUGCAGUCAACAUGUACAAGUAGUUGGGCUACAGCAUGUACAGGAGCAUAGAAUACUAUUCAGCCAGCAAUGGAGAACCGGACAAGGAUGCUUAUGAUAUGAGGAAAGCACUUUCCAGGGACACUGAAAAGAAAUCCAUCAUACCAUUACAUCAUCCUGUGAGGCUUGAAGACAUGCGCAGUGGUUUUUAG